AAAUGGAUCCCCAGGUUCAGAUUUGACGAUCACUGGUCUAUAGUUUAAUCUGCUGAGAGUGAUUCUGAGAGGAUGUCUACGGCUGGGACUCUAGCGCUGCUGUUCUUCUUGUCUGUGACACUGAAUAAACAGGUGACCGAUGGCUGCAAAUGUGUUCAAAGACACCCUCAACAGCAGUUCUGUGCAUCUGAUGUAGUGAUCCGAGCUAAGGUCAUUGGAAAGGUGCCCAGCUCUCGUCCUCAGUUAACUGCAUACAAAAUCCAAACUGUCGAGACAUUUAAGCAGUUAGACAAAAAGAGAAUUCAGGUCAUCUACUCAACUCAAACUUCAUGUGGCAUCAAUCUGGAAAGCAGCGAGUAUCUGCUGUCAGGCCAUGUGGAGGACGGCGUGGUGGUGGUUGAGUCCUGUGACCGUGUGGAGCGCUGGGACAGUCUCUCCUCGGCUCAGAAGAGAUAUCUCAGCAUGUACCAGAAAGGCUGCGUCUGCGAGAUCUCGCCCUGCACCGGAGCCUCCUGUCAGAUCAAGAUGCUUCAGAAAAAGUGUCUGAUAAGAGUCAAUAAUGUAGCUGCUACUGAUGAUAAAGACGCUCUUCGGUCCAUAUGCCUGCCGUUCUCCAGUGGCUUCUGCAAAUGGCAAAAAGUCUAGCUACAAGGUCUCUGAAGAGCUAGUGCAUCAGCCACUCAUCAGUGUGAAAGUUUUGCCCUUUUUAUUUUAAUUUUAUUUUUUUCAGAAUGCAGAAAUGAAACUUUGUAAUGCAGUCAAUGUUCAUGGGGAUAUGCAUGAUUUUUCUGAAAUAAAUAAGAAUAAAAA